UCACCUGCUCACGCUGCCACAUCGGAAUUUUUGUUGGAGAAAGAGGUAUUGGCCAAAGUUCAUAUUGAUUACGCUAAUGGCAAUAAGCUUAUGCCUAUGCUGCGUUUAUCUGAUGACCUACUUCAAGAGGAAUGUCAAGCAUGGAAAAAUGCCAUCAUUAUCAAGCCAUACGGUAACACGGUCGGUCAUCAUCUCUUGGUCAACCGGCUACAUACCUUGUGGACUCCUGCUGCUGAAAUGGAGGUCUUAGAGUUGGGCAACGGCUUUUCAGUGGUGAAAUUUGAAGACCCGGAGGACCUAACUCGUGUUAUUUCGGGAGGGCCAUACAUAAUUGCAGGGAACUUUCUAGCAAUUCAACUAUGGACUCCCGGUUUUAACCCGUUCAGCUCCCGCAUCUCCACCCUGCUCACUUGGGUUCGCUUCACCCACCUCCCAACAGAGUACUACCGCGAUGAGAUCCUAUUCACACUUGCAUCUUGUAUGGGAAGGCCUGUUCGCAUAGAUCGACAAACUGCCCUCGUUACUCGAGGAUGCUAUGCUCGCGUUUGUGUAGAGAUCAAGUUGGAUGAGCCUCUUGUGCCUAAGGUAUGGGUGGCUAAUGCAUGGAGACUAGUGGAAUAUGAAGGAAUCCAUGCUGUAUGUGGGGAGUGUGGUAGAGCUGGUCAUCUAAAAGAGGAAACUACCGCAACAAUCAGGGAAUCGGCCCACGGAAAACCUGUCCCUAGAAACCAACUCCAUUCCUCCAGUCUCUGGCCAUCCACCCGUCUCUUUGGUCACUCAGCCGCCGAUGUCAAGCGCUCCGGCCAAGCACUCACCAAUGACGUCAUUGGCUCCUCCCGAACCUCAAUUAUUGUCAUCCAGCACGGCAAUUGCCACGCAGGGAGACUCCUCUACUCAGCAGACUACAGGCCAACAACGACAUCGUAG